CGCGUGUUCUUCGUUAUUAUUGGACGGUCAAUUCAAUUUAUGAUGUUUUUCCCAACAAUUUAUUAGAUUAUGAAAAAGUCACCUAUCGAUUUAUUGUUGUUGUGGAGGCUGACGUUUUAACUGGUUCAAUAUGAAGGAUAGAACACCGUCCACCACUACAGUACCAUCCAACGAGUACAUGGAUGCAUUUAGUUCUAUCAAUGAAAGGCCGGUUGACGAUAUAUCCUUAGAAUUCUUCUACAAACCACAUACCAUAACACUUUUGGCUGUAUCUAUUGCUUCUGUUAUCUACACGGCCUUUGUCAGAGAUGAAUCAACUAUUCAAGAUAAUAUUUGGUCAGGAAUGUGUUGUGUAGUAUUUUUUUUCCUCAUAAUAUCAGUGUUGACCUUCCCAAAUGGACCGUUCACUCGCCCACAUCCAGCUGUGUGGAGGAUUGUAUUUGGCAUGUCUGUCCUCUACUUACUGGCACUACUCUUCCUGUUGUUUCAAAGCCACUCUACAGUUUACGAAAUCAUGUACUGGAUUGAUCCAGAGCUUAGGAACUUUCAUAUCGACAUGGAUAAGGAAUACGCAGUUAAUUGUUCAGACAUAUCUAUAGCGAAAAUUUGGUCUCAUGUUGAUGUGUUUGCUUGGGGCCACUUCCUAGGGUGGUUGUUUAAGGCCUUGCUAUUCAGACACGCGGGACUGCUGUGGGCCAUAUCUGUAAUGUGGGAGAUCACAGAAAUUGCAUUUGCUCACUUACUGCCUAACUUCUUGGAAUGCUGGUGGGACUCUGUUAUUUUGGAUGUCCUAGUUUGUAAUGGUUUGGGGAUCUGGUGUGGACUUAAAAUUUGUAAAAUGCUUGAAAUGAGAGAAUACAAGUGGGUCAGUAUAAGGGAUAUUUCUUCAACCUCAGGAAAGAUUAAAAGAGCACUGUUGCAGUUCACACCAGUUCAAUGGAGUCCUGUACGUUGGCUGGAUCCAACAUGUACUUACAUGAGGUUCUUUGCAUUGAGUCAAUUAGUGGUGUUCUGGCAGAUAUCAGAGUUAAACACAUUCUUCCUGAAGCACAUUUUUGAGAUGCCACCUUCACAUCCUCUGGUUAUAGCGCGUCUUUGUCUUGUUGGAGUUAUCGUUGCUCCUUCUGUGAGACAAUAUUACACCUAUGUAACUGAUCCAAAAUGUAAAAGAGUAGGAACUCAAUGCUGGGUGUAUGGAGCUAUAAUGGUUACAGAAUCAAUGUUGUGCAUCAAGAACGGAAAGGAAUUAUUUGGGCAAGCUCAAGUGUGCAACGUGAUUGCAUGGCUAGUCAUUCAAAUUCUAGUAUCUGUAGGCUGUGUCUAUGGCGUUCUACUUUACCAUCGCUAUUUUGAACCUAGUCAAGAGCCUAUCACAAAUAGCCCUAAGAAAGAUGACUGAAUUUAAUUGAUUUUAAGAGGCAAAACCAUUUUUCAAGUAGUAAUUGUUGUGUUGUUAUUAGCAAAUUGUAGUUAUAGUUAGGUGUUCUAGAAAAAUUUCCUGUACGAAGGCUGUUUCUUUCCGUAGACUGUAUUGUCUAUAAAGACUGCUGCUACCUGAGUCUAUGUGUAUGAAUCCCAAAACUUGUUCUCAUGGAAUUGCGCUAACCAAUUCAGAAAUCUGUAUUCGUAUGACAAUGAAUGUAAGGGGCGAAAAUCGCAAUUUUCCAAUCACGUUAGUCGUUUGAUCUGAGUCGAUGUAAAUGAUGUCAUUUACACUGUUUACAUUUAGACAUAAGGCUUUUAAAGUAAGUCUCCUUCUACACAGCAGACCCCAGACGCGUCCUUAAUGACAGUGUUCAAAAUUUUUAAGGUUUUUUUUAUAAUAUCAAGGACAGGACGAACUAGUCGUGCGUCUGAUGGUAACCUACACGCCUGUCCACAACAGUUGCAAUGCCACUCUGAGCUUUAAAUC